AUGAGAAAGGACCUUAAAAUCAUCCUCAUUUUACUAAUAUUAUUAUUACUAACAUCAUUUUUAAAUGCAUUUAAAAUACCAAAAUCACAAGACAAUCAUAAUUCUAAUUUUCAAGAAUUAAAAGUUCGUCAAGAAAGCCAAGAUGCAUGUGCGAAAAUCCAUUCAGAUUACUUGACAUCAAAAAAAGCCGGUGUAGGAAAAUUUUAUACCAAGUACGCUGAUGUUAAGGCGUGCUUCGAAUCAUUUCCCUUUGAUCCGAAAAGGUCUAUCGAGAGCAUAUUAUCACAAAGCUAUGUGUUUUUGGAUCAAGCGACACAAGAAGCACAACCAGGCUUUACUUUUUCAGCUAUGGACGUAUUAAGUGAACUUGAUAAAUUACUUGCAUAUACUUAUACAACCGAUGUUCAAUUUAUGAUGGAUGUAAUGAAUCUAUUGAAUCAAUUGAAAGAUCCUCAUACCAAAUUCAUACCUAAUUGCUAUUUUGAACAGUUCUUAUUUGAACAAGGACUUUCUUUGUAUUCUGUUGUUAAAUCUGAUGACAAACAAGUGAUAAAGAUCUUUAAUGAUUCGAUAAUACCUUCGCUAACAGAUUGCGAGGUUACUCACAUAGAUUCACAACCCGCGCUCUCAUUCAUCACAUCCUUUGCGAAUUCACAAAUAGGUGAAUCGAAGGAUUUGAACGUUAGAUUUAAUUUAGCACUUGCAUCACUUACAUUGGAAGAUGGAUUUAUUCAACUUUCUUCGGAUUCAGAACAAUUCACCAAAAGGGAUGUAUUACCAGAAAAAGAAAGUGUAGAAUAUAACGUAAUUUGUUAUGGGGAGAGAUAUAAUUUCACGAGAGAAUGGAUGGUUAGAAUAAAGGAACAAGAAUUCCUAGAAGCAUUUACAGAUUCGAAAAGUUAUUGGAAUUCAUUUUGUGCGAAUAAUAAUAAUCUUAAAGUUAACACAUUACCAAAAAAUGUUAAAAUAAAAAAAGAAAAUUCACUUAUCUUUAACCAAUUUGAAUCAUUAAUGUUACGAGAUGAGCAAGUUAAAUUAGUUAAAUCCGGUAAAAUUGCUCAAUUUUACAUCAUUACUUCGGUUGAAAGAGGAGCGUUUGGCGUUGUGGUAAUUUCUACCGUUGAUACUGAAAAGAAUGAGAAUGAGUUGGUUAUUGAUGAAUUAUUAGAAGGAUUUCGAAUAUUGAUCAAUGCUGGUCUGGUACUGGAUUUUAUAAAUAAUGGGGGUGGAACAAUUUUAAUAGCACAUUUUAUUACGCGAUUAUUAUCGCCACCUUUAUCUUCAAAAUUACCAAUAGCAUUCCCAACAGAUAUGAAAAUAACUCCACUUUCCGAAUUAUUAAUAACGCAAUCAGUAAUCAAAAAUGAUACUUCAACUCCAUUUAAUCCAAAGCUAUGGAUAUCGACACAAACAUCUUUACCAUUCAAUUCAGCUAACAUCAUAGAAAAUUUCAUAGGCAAUAAUUCUUUUGCUAGAAAUAAUCUAGGAGGACAACAGAGAUAUUCGAAUAAAUUCUUGGAUAAUACCAAGGACCUGCUGGAAUUUUUUUUAGCCAAAAAGAAUUUCGAAAUACCGUGGAAUGUAUCAAAUGAUAUCAUCAUUCUAACGAACGGAAAUUGUGGUAGUUCUUGCGCUAAUAUUGUACAAUAUUUUAAUGAAAUUUAUCACGUGAAAAGUGUUGCAGUCGGUGGAUUAUUUGAGGAUGCAAUGAAAACCGGAAUGUCAUUUGCAUCAUUUCCCGGUGGACAAAGUUAUAGCGAUAAAGCAUUGUUCAAAGGUUUUGAAAAAUUGGGUUUAUUAACAAAUGAUAGUAAUAUAAAAACUGUUAAAUAUUUGAUUGGUGGGAACGAAGCGCAAUUAAAAGAAUUUGAAGUUAAUGCUUUGCUAAAAUAUGCUUUGAGAGAAGUCUACAGUUUGGUGAAUGAAGAUGAAGUUUUGGAAUAUAGCUAUAGACCUGCUAAUUAUAGAAUUUUUCAUGAUGAAUUAAGUGCAAGAAAUCCUGCAAAAUUAUGGAUUCAAGCUGUACGCUAUAUUAUCGAUUAA